AUGAGAUGAAUGGCCGCUGCACCUGACGGCCCACCAGGAAGUGUGGCGGACAAAUCCUUGGCCGUUAAUCCCCCACUCUCUACAGUAACCGGAGGAGGCUCUGACAGUAGAAUGUUCAGCCGACCGGAGCGCUUAGUGUGACCGUCGGGACCGUCUCCGCUCCGGGCUCGGCCUGCGGGACCACGCGGGGCUGCCCGUCUUAUUCACCCCGCUGCCUGUCAAUCUCCAGCCCCCUGCUGCUGAGCUGAAGCUCUAUAAAGGUCCGUGAGGCUCCGUGAAGCUCCGGGCACGUCCACCCUGACUGCAAUGGGAUGCUGCGGUAGCUCGGAGAGGACAAAGAGAGAAUGGAGACCGCUGGAGGACCGGAGCUGCACCGAUCUGCCCUGGUUCCUGCUCUUCACCGUCUUCUGCGUCGGCAUGGGCAGCAUCUGUGGCUUCACCAUUGUCACCGGCGGCGCUGCUCGCCUCGUCUUCGGAUACGACAGCUACGGAAACACCUGCGGCCAACGCAACGAGCAGAUUGAAGGCGUGCAGCUGAGUGGCCUCGAUCACACCGACAGGAAGUUUGUCUUCUUCCUGGAUCCAUGUAACAUUGACAUCGUUCAGAGGAAAAUCAAGUCUAUGGCUUUGUGUGUGUCCCUGUGUCCCCUUGAGGAGCUGAAGAACUACCAGGACCUGAAGAGGUUCGCCAUGCAAAACGGCUCUGAGUUGUGUUCCUACGAGUUAGCGGGUCAUAAAUAUCCUGGUCUCCCGGAGAGAUUCACUAAAUGUCCCAAACUACCUGUUCCACCCAGUAAACCUCUGCCGGUCUUUAACCGCUGCACCCCAGUGGACAUGUCCUGCUACGCCAAGUUUGCGGAGGCCGUGGUGACGUUUGUGGGGGACACCAGUGUCCUCCACCAGGUUAUCGCUAGUGUCGUCGCCAGUAAAGAGAUCAUCAUUGGACUGUGUGUCCUCGCUCUGGCUCUCUCUAUGAUCCUCAUGGUCAUAAUUCGUUACAUCUCCGCUGUCCUCGUCUGGAUUCUCACCUCGCUGGUCGUCCUCGGAUCCCUCGCGGGGACGAGCGUCCUCUGGUGGCUCUACAUCGACCACCGGCUGUAUGGGAACGACACAUCCUCCAAAGUCCUGAAAGAGGCAAAGGAGGAGGUGAAAGAGGAGCUCAGCAGGGACAGCGGACAGGCACUGCUUGUGUACGCCGUCUCCGCCACCGUCUUCACGAUCAUCCUGCUGCUGCUCAUGCUCUUCAUGAGGAAACGAGUGGCUCUUACCAUUGCUCUGUUCCACGUGGCCGGGAAAGUCUUCAUCCACCUCCCCCUCCUCACCCUGCAGCCCUUUGUCACCUUCUUCGCACUCCUCCUUUUCUGGAUCUACUGGAUCCUGGUUCUUCUCUUCCUGGGAACCACUGGGAACCCGGAGCAGAACGAGGAGACGGGGCUGACAGAGUUCCGACUGACGGGUCCUCUGCAGUACCUGACCUGGUACCACGCUGUGGGUCUUGUCUGGAUCAGCGAGUUCAUCCUGGCCUGUCAGCAGAUGACUGUGGCUGGAGCUGUCGUCACGUACUACUUCACCAGGGACAAGAACCGGCUCCCUGUGACCCCAAUCCUGUCCUCAGUUCUGAGGCUGGUCCGGUACCACCUGGGCACUGUCGCUAAGGGAUCCUUCAUUAUCACGCUGGUCAAGAUCCCCCGACUCAUCCUCAUGUACAUCCAUAACCAGCUGAAAGGAAGGGAGAACAUGUGCGCUCGCUGUUUGCUGAAGUCGUGUAUCUGCUGUCUUUGGUGUUUGGAGAAGUGCCUCAACUAUCUCAAUCAGAAUGCAUAUGCAGCCACAGCCAUCAACAGCACCAGUUUCUGCACGUCUGCGCGCGACGCCUUCGUCAUCCUGGUGGAAAACGCUCUGCGUGUGGCCACAAUCAACGCCAUUGGGGAUUUUGUCCUCUUCCUGGGGAAGAUCCUCAUUGUGACAUCGACGGCGUUUGCCGGCGUCCUCCUCCUAAACUACCAGCGGGAUUACGCCGAGUGGCUGCUGCCGCUCGUCAUCGUGUGUCUCUUCUCCUUCCUGGUGGCUCACUGCUUCCUGUCCAUCUUUGAGAUCGUGGUGGACGUCCUUUUCCUGUGCUUCGCCAUUGACACCAAGUACAACGAUGGUACUCUGGGGAAAGAGUUCUUCAUGGACAAAGCUCUGAUGGAGUUUGUGGAAAGCAGCCGGCGACUGGAACGUGCGGCGGAACGUGGGCGGAGCCGUGUGAAGGAGGUGGCAUCGGAGGGGGCGGAGAUGAAGCCCAUGGUGAGUGAAUGCAGUGCUGGAGGGGGCGUGGCCAGGCGGAAAAGUUCAUCACAAAAUGCAGGGGCGGGGGCAGGGCCACACUGGGGUGAGGGUGGGGAAUGGGAGGAGCUUCAGGAGUUCCAGGUGUACUACCUUCUGGUGGGAGUGCUGGUGGACUGGGUGCUGACGGAGCAGAGCGACUUCGUCUUGUGCCUUAGUGAGGAUGUCGUCCUCUUCCUCUGCAUCUACCUGCCCACCUCCACCCUCUUCCUUUUUGUCAGCCUGCUGCACACGCCAAGCCCCGCCCCCUUUGCCAAGUCAGCUGAUAACUCAGCCGCCAUCGCCACCGUGUGCUAACACAUGCUAACUGAUGCAUGCUAACAGACGUUCAAUCCUGAACAUGCUGGUUGGAUGAACUUUGAUGCAUGUUAACCAGACUCCUCAUCCUCAUCAUCCUCAUCAUCAUCAUCCCUGCUGUUCUUUGGACCUAAAAUCACUGACUUUGUGUUUAUAUCAAUAUAUAUAUAUUUUUUUUACUUUUUGUAUAUUUUUUUAUGGAGAAUAUUUUUAUAAAGUGCUGAAUUUGUGCAGCUCCGUGUGAGUCUUUCUGUUCGCCUCGUUCUGUCACCAUGGUGCUUUAAAGAGAAGGAGAACUCGGCAGAUGACACCCAGCAGAGGUGGUGUCAGACUGAGGCAACUACACCGGCCAGGGCCACAGAAAAGAAAAAAAACACUUAGGGUUAGUUCUGAUCAGAGUGAGAACAGCAUCAUCUCCUCAGUGAUGAAGGUUUCUAAACUCCCUGCUGUGAUUCUGGUCCAAACACAAACUCAGACACUGAGCAGAUCUGAACAGAAGUCUGCACUGAUGGAAACACUUCAGCUUGUUCAUGUAUGUUAGAUUGAGCCGGAGAACCUAAACAGAACCCACACAUGCGCAGGGAGAACAUGCAGCUGAGGUCAUCACAGAGGUGACGUAGAGACCACCACACCACCCUGCUGAUCUGUUGUCUGCUGGUCCGUCCUGCUCCGUUACCCAUCCAGAUGUUUGUCAUGUCCCGGUCUGAGCAGCCUGAGAGGAGUUUAGAACUGCAAGUUAAAAACUGAAUCAUUUUAGAUCUGUUUCAGAUUUCUGAAUACUCACAUAGAGCUGUCUCCACCACGGGGUCUGCGUUCUUCUGGUGAGAAUGCAGCUUAAAGGAAAAAUGUUCCAUCAUUUUUCUGGCGGUGAAAGAACGUGCAGAAAGCAGAUCUAAGACUUGUCAUCUGUUUCUAACUGCAUGUUAAAAUAAAAAGAGAGAACUGUGCAGGACCUAACCCUGACCUCUGUGAUUGGACUGGUUUGAUAUUUGUUUAUUCACAUGUGUUAGUGUGUAGAACCGAUGAGUGUUUCACCUGCAGCAGAUGGCGAUCAGAACGUGCGCAGCUUGAAAAGUUUCCACAUUUUUCCGGUCAGGUGAGCUGAAGCUAAAAGCUCGUUGAAACGUGGACGUGAGAGGAGCAAAUUUGUCAAAUGUUCAGUUUCUGUGAGAUCUGUAAUGUAGAUUAUACUAUUCUACAGUCAUUUAGCAGACGCUGUUAUCCAAAACCACUUACAUCUCAGAGGAAGAACAACACAAGCAAGAAUUCUAACAGGAGGGACGUCACCAUUAGGUGGUAGUCAGACUGCUGGGAGUCCAGGUGGACCAGGUGCUGUCAGGUAGUGCUGGAG